UUUGACGUCUGUGGUGUUGGCGGCAGGCGGCGUUGUCGAUUAUUAAAAGUAAAACAUAAUUUAGGGUUUAUUUUUAAAAUUGGAUUAAUACAGUUUUAAUUAGGCUUUUCUUUUUUCCGGGAUAAGUAAAAUAUUCGUAAAGGGGCUUUUUUGGUUAUUAGAAUGGCUACAGACAAUAUUGAAAAGUUAUAUCAAAAUUAUGGUAUUCUUGCAGAUGCCAAGGAUGACAUAGCUAAGCAUGAGACAGAAUAUUUGGAGAUAUUGGCAGCAGUUAAGGGAUCUGAUAAAGAGAAACGCUUGGCCUCGCAAUUUAUUGCAAAAUUCUUUGACAGCUUUCCUAAUUUAGCGGACCAGUCUAUUGAAGCACAAUUUGAUCUAUGUGAAGAUGACGAUGUGACUAUACGCAAGCAAGCUAUCAAAGCUUUACCAAGCAUGUGUAUGGCUAAUAAAGAACACACUACACGGGUUGCUGAUAUCCUAGCACAACUUCUACAGUCGGAAGACGCAACAGAAAUCAAUGUUGUCACUAAUUCACUGCUCACAAUUAUGAAAGUUGAUCCAAAAGGGACUUUGUCAGGCCUAUUUUCACAAAUCCACCAAAACACUGACAGUGAAAUCGCCAAUGUAGCUGUGAGAGAAAGAUGCAUCAAGUUUUUAGCAACCAAAGUAAAGCAGUUGGGAAGAGAAGUUAUUGACAAAGAUUGUGAAGAUAUUAUCAUCGCAGAGGGGAAAAAGAUACUACAGGACUCUGCAGCUGAUGAAUUUGAACACAUAAUAGAUUUGUUAAUGUGGUCCAAGCUUGGCAAGACACCAGCAGGCAAGAAGGAAUUGACUCAGCUGAUGGCAGCAGUGGCCUUCACUCCUGACGACUGGCACCCAGAAGACCCUGAAUAUGUGGAUAGACUUAUACAAUGCACUCAACACGCUGUGCCAUUGUUCUCUGCACAAGUUGAUUCAACACAGUUUGUCAACAUAUUCUGUGACAAUGUCCUCGGGAGUUGGAAAGAUAUUGCAGCAACAGGUGGUGACAAUGAUUUGAAGCUGGAGCUAUUGAAGUCGUUUGCUGAAAUCACAGAAUACUGUGGCGAGAUUGAGAAUGCAGAGGAUAAAAUCAAAACCACAUACGAUGUGUUACUGAACUACCUCCCAGAAGCUCCUGUUGAAACAGAGGAAGAAAUUGCAACAAAAACAGAUAACAAUGAAAAUAAAUCUGAUGAUACGAAAUCUGCACCAUCUUUACAAUUUUCUCAUGUAGAAUGUGCUCUGUUUGCUCUUCACUCUUUGUGCAAGAAGGCCCCAGAGGCGCUCGGUGCUGAUGCAGCAAGGAUCAAGUCUCUUCGUCUGCGGCUGCAGUACACUGCAAGACUAACACAAGGAUAUAUUAAAAAGUUGAAGGAAGUUACACAGGGCAAAAAAGGUGAAGACGCUGAUUCAGAAGAGAACAAAUUGAAAUUGGUAGCGUUGAAAACAACAUCAAAUAUAAAUACUCUCAUAAGGGAUAUAUUCCGCACUCCCCCAAGCUUCAAAAGUAAAGUGCAACUCUCUUUCCAAUCCAAGAAGACUGAAAAAGAGGCAACACAGACAACCGAACUUGACAACAAUGAAAAGCAAUCAUCAGGGUCAAAGAGACACAGACCAAUAACUUUUGACAAUCGUGACAAGAAAGAAUCACCAGAGAAACGUUCUCGAAGUGGUGACAGAAACCUUAAGAUGUAUACACCACCUUCGGGGAAAUACAGUUCCAGAUUGAACAACUCUGGACGUUUCUCUGGUUCCAACUAUGGUAGGGGUAGGGGUGGUUAUGGACGACGGGAUUUCCGAAACAAUGGGGCGCCUUUUAAACGGCGCAAUAACUUCUAAAACAACAAAACAAAAGAUUUAUUAAUUUGGGCCAUGACACUCUUGUUUCAUAAAAAUAAUUUUAGAAAAAAAAUAUGGCUGUCAGUUGAUAAGAAAUUUCAGCAUGGAGUGUUUUCAACAAAAAAUGUGAUAAACACAAAUCCAUUGCAAUAAAGACAUUGCAGUCAUAAAAUUCAUUAGUAUUUGGACACUGGAUUUAAAUAGGUAUUUCUAGCAAUUUUUUUUUCCAGGCCGACGUUGCAUUCUUUUGGUUGUAUAGGUGUCCUGAAUAAUUCAGUUUGAACUAUUUCUAGAUUGUAGUAGUUUACAGGUAGACUGUGUUCGAGCUCUAGUGAAGUGCUGAAUGGUUUGUUCUGUUUAUUGAUGCCACAUAGGUAAAUACAUUAUUUUAUAGUAUAAUAAUAAGGAGAGAUGCCUUAUUUCUGGCAUUACAACAUUAAAAAUAUCAAAUAGUAAGUAUUUUGACUUUCCAAUAGCUCAUAUCUAUCAAUUUCCGGAAGUUAAGCGAGGUGACUACAAAAAACCGAAAAUGUGUAAGUAUUUUUUUUUAAUUUUUAUUUCUGUAUUUAAUUUAAUAUAGGUCCAGCAUAGCCAAAUUAAGGUAAAGUAAGAUAUAGAAAGAAUACCUGCUGUAAAGUAAGUAGACACUUCAUUGACAAAUAACCUAUCAAAUAUCGUCACAGGCAUGAUCAUCAGAAGAGGACAAUGAAAUGAAGCAAUAUUUGGACUACACAUGGGAUGGGAUCAUAGCUGUAAUUUAAUAUUGUUUCACUAUCUUUUUUAUUGACAUCUUUUCCAAAGAAGUUUCACCUGCAGAAUUGAUAAUAUUUUUAUUUCAUCAUAUUAAAAAUAAUUAAACAAA